CCCAAUUUUCAAGAAACAAAAAAAACCUAUAUGAGUAUUGGGAAAGAGUUUACAUUUGCAAGAAAACAAGACAAGAAAAGAUCAAAACCAAACCCCCUUUUUCAUUCUUCAUCUUCAUCUUCAUCUUCUUUACCUUUUGUUUCAACUUUCAAGAAAUGAAACUACCCUUCCCAACAAACAACCACAGCCCUAAAGCAACAUCGAUCGCCGCCACCGUCUACGCCACCAGCCCGCCCUACGAGCCCAAAUCCGUCCUCGAUCUCCGAGGUAGCCCUAGUCCGGCUGCGGAGCUGGAGAAUCAUGUGCUGAUCACCCCACAAUUGGAGGAGUGGGAUUCUUUGAUGAGAGAGUUGGGCUUGCAAGAUGACCCAAACCCUAACCCUAACCCUAACCCUAACUCAAACCCUAAUCUCCCCAACUUCCCUCCGGCCACCAACGCCUUCGACUCGUCUCCCUUCGUCUCCACCGACUCCGGCCUCCUCUCCGACAUCCCCAACUACACUCAAAACCCUAACACGGCCGACGUCAGCGACUGGAACCCAGGAUUCGACUACGUGGACGAGUUGAUCCGACUCGCCGAGUGCCUCGAGAUGAACUCGCUCCAACUCGGCCACGUCAUUGCGGCGCGCCUCGACCAACGCCUCCAGUCCCCGUCCGGGAAGCCGCUGCAGCGAGCCGCCUUCUACUUCAAGGAAGCCCUCGAAACCCUACUCACCGGGUCGACUCGGUCCCCCGACCUAAUCCAGACCAUCAAGGCCCAGAAGACAUUCUCCGCCAUAUCGCCGAUCCCGAUGUUCUCGGGGUUCACGGCCACCCAGGCCGUGCUCGACGCCGUGGACGGCUGCGCAGCAGCCGCCGUCCACGUCGUCGACUUCGAGAUCGGACUCGGCGGCCACUGGGCCUCCUUCAUCAGAGAGAUGUCCGAAGCACGGGCAAAGCCCGCGCUUCGGAUUUCCGCUCUGGUGACGGAGGAAUUUUCCGGCGAGUCGACUCUGGUUAGGGAAAACCUAACUCAGUUCGCGCGCGAACUGAACGUCGUUUUCGAGAUUGAUUUCGUGCCAAUCAGGAAUUUCGAGUGCUUGUAUUUCAAGUCCGUGAAGUUCCGCGAUGGGGAGAAGGUGGCGGUGGUUUUGUCGCCGGCGAUAUUCCGGCGAGUGGGGACGGGGUUUCUGAGCGAUCUGCGGCGGUUGGCGCCGCAGGUGGUGGUGCAGGUGGACGGAGAGGGGUUGGGGGGGGUGUCGUAUAGGCAGGCGGUGAUCGAGGGGCUGGAGUUUUACUCGACGGUGAUGGAGUCGUUGGAGGCGGGCGGAGGAGGAGGGGAGUGGAUGAGGAAGAUAGAGGAGUGUGUGGUGUACCCGAAGAUAGAGGAGGGGGUGGUGGGGAGGAUGGGGGGAAUGGGGUGGAGGGAGGCGAUGGAGGGGGCGGGGCUGAGGAAGGUGGGGAUGAGUCAGUUUGCCGAGUUUCAGGCGGAGUGUUUGGUGAGGAGAGUGCAAGUGAGAGGGUUCCACGUCAGCAAGACACAGGGGGAGAUGAUGCUUUGCUGGCAUGACAGGGUGCUUGUUGCCACGUCAGCCUGGAGGUUUUAAUUUAAUCACAGAUUAGGAAGUUAAUCAAUCCACAUGCCUUAUCCUGUCUAUGCUAAUUAAUAACAGCAUGUGGUACACUAUUACUUUGCUCUGCCAUUUUCUUUUAUCCAAUUUCGCUAAGCAGAUCACUAGUGUUGUGAUAUUCCAAAAUCUUGUAAAUAAAUUAAUUAAAUGCAUUAACAUUUGAUGAAA